AUGUUAGGGAACAAUGCAACUGAAAAAAAGGUAAUAGAGUUAAAAGAAGUAUCUCUAAACCAAGAAUAGAUUAGAUCAAUUUUAAAACAAUAAUAAAAAGAUUUUCGAUAAUAGAGUAUUGAGAAAAGGAAGUCUUUGAUAUUAUAAAGAAUCUAAGAUAUCAAAAAAGACAGAUUACUAAAAUCUGAUGGAACAGUGCAUCAUUCAGAGGAUUUCAGAAAAGCCAAUAAAGCUUUAGAAUAUUUUUAGCCUGAAUUACCUAUACUUAAAUUUCCUGUAAUAAUUUCCACUUAUACUAGGAAGAUACUGUUUUAAAUACUUAUGAUAAUACUAAAAGAUGGUUGAAAGAAUUCGAUUUUCCUAAUAAAAAAUAAUACUGGAAAGAGUUUAAAAGAAAAAACUUUAAACAUUAUCCUGGAAAUCCAUUUAGUUAUGCACCUGGAGUUCCUUAAUAUUUUGAGGAAUUCAAAGCUUAUCAUCAUAUUGAGCAUGAAGAAACCUAAGUUGAAAAAUAUCAACGACUUUAAUAGUACAAUAUAUUAUAUCAUGCAGGAAAAAAGUAUUAUAUGUAUAACCAACAAAAGUAGUUGGAGGUGAAUUUAGUAGACCAAUGUUCGAUAGAACUCAUGUUCAUGUUGAAUUAAACCCAAUUCAUUAAGUUUAAUAUUUACCUAAUCCUGUAACAGCAGAUUCAACUGAUUAUAGAUAAUUAAGCAGAUAAUCAAUAAAAUCAAAGUUGAAUGAUAUUUAAAGAGUGAAACCAUUUACUUCGUGUAGUACUAGAAGUUAGAUAUUCUAAUAAAAAUACAAACCAAUGAAUGCAGAGAGUAAUUUGUAAACAGCAAAAACAGCUAAAAAAUCAGAUGAUGAUGAUUUUGAUUUUUGA